CUGUUGUGAGUUUUCAUCCAAAGAGUCAGGGAAGGUGGAAGAUCUCCAUCCAUCACGCCUGUGUCGGACUAAUACGUUAAUCAAUAGACGUGUUGGUGCUUCGUGUCUCAAGAUGAGUCCAGUUAAUUUGACGGAGGAAGACGGCAUCAGUAUGCAGCCUGUUGACAUGGACUUGACUUGUAUGGCUCCUCGUGGCAGCACUUCAUCCCUGCAGACUGCACUGCCUGGUGGUGCUCAGCAGCAGACCAUGAGUGUCUACCUCAGAGUGCGGCCCUUCUCUAAAGAGGAGCUCGCUGACAACGAGGAUCAGGGUUGUGUAGUGAUUGAAAACAACCAGACUGUGACCCUGAAGGCCCCAAAGGGUUCUGCCACCUUGAAGAGCAGUGAGAAGGGCAUCGGCACGUCCCUCCACAAGUUCUCCUUCUCGCAGAUUUUCGGAGAAGAGAUGACCCAGUCCGAGCUUUUUGAGGACACCGUCAAAAGCCAAAUGUUUGAUUUCUUGGAUGGGAAGAAUGCGCUGAUAUUCAGCUACGGUGUAACCAACGCAGGCAAAACCUACACAAUCCAAGGAACUCCAAAAGAGCCGGGCAUUCUGCCUCGAGUGCUGGACGCCACCUUUCACUACAUCGGGGGCCGCCUGUACGAGGGGAUGGACCUGAAGCCGUACCUCAGGAACGAUGCUCAGUAUCUGGAUCCUGACCAGGUCCAGCAGGAGAGAAGUGCUCAAGCUGCCAUUUUUGCUUCAGUCAAAGAUGAGUUAGAUUCUUUUGGACCCAGUGGUGGUUUAGGGUCCUUGUCUUCUCCCCCCAGGCGUGUCUCUUCCUCCCCCUUGUCCAACGAUCAAAGCGGGGAAGCAAGCAGUGACCAGUUUGCCCUGUGGGUGGCGUUCUUUGAAAUCUACAACGAGUGUGUGUACGAUCUGCUUCAACCUCGUUUGUGCUCAAAGUCCAAGAAACGCGCUGCUCAUCGAGUGUGUGACGAUGGCGCUGGAAAUGCUUAUGUCAAAGAUCUCAGGUGGAUUAACAUCCAAACUCUGGGCGACGCCGCCAAGCUGCUACAGUUUGGGAACAAAAACAGAAGUGCGGCAGCCACCAAGAUGAACCAGUCGUCAAGCAGAAGCCACAGCAUAUUUACCAUGAAGUUACUGAAAAUCGAUGGCACUACAGUGGAAAGGAUCUCUGAGUUUUCUUUGUGCGACCUGGCCGGCUCGGAACGAUGCAACAAAACCAAGACCUUCGGGGAGAGACUGAAGGAGGCAGGGAACAUUAACAACUCCCUGCUAAUCCUGGGGAAGUGCAUCAGCGCCCUCCGCAACAAUCAGACCGACCGAGUGAAGAGCAGCUACAUUCCUUUCAGAGAGAGUAAGCUCACCAAGCUCUUCCAAACGGUUUUCUGCGGGAAAGGAAGAGCGUCGAUGAUCGUCAACAUCAACCAAUGUGCUUCCACCUACGAUGAAACUCUCCACGUUAUGAAGUUCUCUGCUGUCGCCAAACAGGUGGUGCAGGUGAUCCCAGCCAAGCCACUGGGGUCUCUGGCUCCUUGUCUGGUCGACCGCGAUGGCAAGCCUCUGGUGAGGAACGGGGUGAUCGACAGCGAGGCCCUGGAGAGCUACCUGUCGGAGGAUGAGCUGCUGGACGAGGAGGACGAGGCGAACAUGUCUCUGCUGCCACAGAAUGAGCUCGUGAAUAUAAUUGAGAGCCUGCGAACCAAACUCCUGGCUGAGCGAAGAAGGAACCUGGUUCAGGAAAUGGAGAUUCGGAAGGAGAUGGGAGAUGCCAUGUUACAACAGCUCAUGGAGAGUGAAGAACUCCGCAUUCGGCAGAUAGAGGAGCAGAAGGAGAUUUACCAAGAAAAGCUGGAGAACACUUUUGAGAUGUACAAGGAUGCUAUUAAAGAGCAUGCCUACCAGUGUGCAAUGAACAAUCUGGAGGAUGACUAUGUGCCUCUUGACGAGUUCAUUGCUGAACAGGACAAAGUGGAGGCCCUGAAACGUAAAGUGUCAGAGUUGGAUUCCUUAACGUCCGGCAAUGGACGCUGUGUGUGUGCAGCUCUGAAAGUGGACCAGUCGAGCCAGACUGCGCCAUCCGACGCGACUGAAGCAGCAGGGGAAGAUCGGUUCAAACGGCUGUACAAAGAAAAAUGCGCCGUGGAGAAAAUGUGUGAAGAUAAACAGCUGCUAAUUUUGUCCCUAGAGAAGAGGCUGAUUGAUCUCAGUCAAACACUUGAGAAGGUCAGAGAUGCCUUCCUGGAGAAAUCAGCCGCUCUGGAGGUAUUGCAGAAGAAGUGUGAUGAUCAGCAACAAUCUAUGGAUGACCUCCUGCAGCAGAACGCCGAUAAGGACCAGGAGAUCGCGUCACUGAAGACGGAGCUGGCCAAGCUCUCCCAGAAGUCUCCUGUGCAGCCCAAAACCAAGAGAGGCCUCCUCGCCAACAUCAGGGAAGCCGUGAAUUCUCCACGGAACAGUUCUCCUGGGCGCAAGCUACGGAAGACGGUCAAGACGGCGCACAGUUGAAGAGCAUCUGGACGAUAAGGAGAGAGAGAGAGAUUAUAUAAAAUCUCUCUUAAAUACGGGCAGUUUUUAUAGUAUAUGUAAAUAUUUAUUUUUCAGGUGUACUGUGUUUAUCGUGAUUGCAUUUUCCAUGUUCUUUUAAUCAAAUUAAAUCGCUGAAAAUUCUGUGUGAAGUCAAUAACUCCUACUAAAAUCUUUAUUUGCAAGUCUUGUGAUGGCCACAUCCAGUUACCUUUCUUGGGUGUGCUAUGUGCCAUUACUAAUGCACACUACAAUAGAACUAUCACACCAGGGAAUUAGUGCUUUGAAGGUGCUUAUAUCAAUCUUGUCCGACGAGGUCAUCCAUAAUCUGUACUCUGAGAAGUAAACCAUGAAAGACCCUGACAGGAUAAAGAGACCACGUACAA